AUGUCGGACGACGAGGAUUGGAGCAGCCUGCUAGCAGACUACCCCUUCGACCUGCCGGACCUGCCCGACGAUAGUCCAUCUUUUACCUCCCACUCCCGCGCCUCCAGCUCGGCGGAUGGCGAGCGGGCAGCGAAACAAGCCUCGCCUGCAGUGGUGGUGACCUCCUGCUGGGGCGGCCAGCUGAUGAAGGACUCAUCGCGGUGCACGGAGUUUACCCGAAGUGGUCGCGACUUCAGGCACAUGUUUUGCCCAAUCUGCUCUCGGUGCGGCAUUGCGGUUCCCGUCGGACGUACCCGCGCACUCACCGUGGGGCAUGCUGACUCCCCAGAGAACAGCCGUGGGCGUGGCGUGUGGUCGGUUGGCCACCCACGAUUUCGAGUCAUCAACAACACCACCCGGGCCUCCCCGCCGGCGCUGGUCAUCAUCGAAGAUGAGUCAGAACUUGCUGCUGGUCGGUCGGCGGCAGCGGCCUCGCGGUCCUGCGAAGACGGCGUGGCGCUCCCCUCGGAAGCUGAGCAGGCCAGGGCUGACGCAUUGAGCGCCCUGGACGCCGUGCCACCAGAUUGGAUAUCUUCCAACGGGAUGGUGGAGAUGCGCCUCUCCAAGGGGACGCUCGUACCCUCCGCGACUCUGAACCAUCUCGUGGACCCGCUUGCACUCACCGUGUCCGACGCCUUCAAACGGGUGUGUGAUCGCAUCGAGGCGGAGAUCACAUCCAUCGCGGCCACCUCCCUGUCCGCCGCGGAGGAGCUCGCUCGCUAUGGCGGCAGCGCCACCGAGCGCAGCGAGGUCUUGCGGCGGCUGAAAGAGGCGCUCGACCCUGCGGCAUCUGACGCUAUGAGCGAGUCUGGCAACAGGCUGCAAAAGGAUGCGCGUUUAACAGAACUGCAGGGGCUGCUCGAUCGCAUCGAAGCGGAGCUAGGCAACGGUAGCGACGAUGGCGGGGAGUCUCAGUUGUUUAGUUCAGCUAUUCCGCCAUCCCCCACGCCGUCGCCCCCAGAGCCACUGACUUCUGGCGGCUCCCCUCUCGGCUUUGUGUCGCUGCAGGAGCCGCACAAACACUUCUUCAUCUUCACCGCCUCGAUUAUAGCCGCGGUCAGCAUCAACUUGUGCUGCGCGCUGCCAUCGGACAGUGGGUCCACCUCCGAAAACUCGCAUCUGCUGAAUCACAGGGCACGAGCCGCCCUCUCUGCUGCCUGCUCAGAUCCGAUGCUCCAGCUCAUCCUGGCCGCCGCUUGCUCUCUCGCGAUCGGAAUCGCGACGCUUCCCCCAGACAAAUACGAUGCGCUCUUCUGCAUCGUCUCGGUAGUGGGCCUCUUCCUCCGACUGAUUCACACACUGCUGUUCCCGAGGGAAUCAGUCCUUCACCAUGAUGAGUAUGUUCAUCCGGUCAUGUACGCUUCGUUCAGCUCCUGCUUUGGCUUAACUCUGGGCACGCUGCGAAGGGCCGACCUUGCCAUCCUGGCAUAUGGCUGCGGCGAGGCGAUUAGCUUUGCCACCUUCAUCACCGCGCUGGUGCGCUUUGGUUGCCGGCUUGCCCUCUUCCCGCUGUGCUGCUUUGACCUGGCAGUCCUGCCCUGGUUCACCGCUGCGUUCCUCACAGCUCGCAGGUAUCGGGGUUGUGCGAAAGCGUCUGAGUUUCCGGCGCCCGCACCACCCAAGCACCACCGCUCUCUCAAGCGCAAGGCCGGCCGCAAGUUGGGCCGAGAGCUGUGCGGUCUUAAGUGA